AUGGCGUUGUGGCCGCCGCGCUCUCAUCAUUUAUGCCCGAGUCGAGAGGAAAAGCUGCGGCCGCCUGACUCGCAGAUAUAUAAUGAUGGGAUUGAAACGGCCUGCCAGCAGCAAAAGGAAUUUGUGAAGAGUUCUGUGGAAUGCAAAUGGAAUUUAGCAGAAGCCCAGCAGAAACUUGGCAGUCUAGCCCUCCACAACUCAGAAUCCCUAGAACAAGAGCAUGCCAAAGCACGGGCAGCAGCUGCGGAGCUGAGGUAUAGUGAAGAAGAGUGGCGCCGGAAAGAAGAGGCAUUAAGGCAACGGGAAAGGCAGGAUCUGUGGAAUGUAGAUUUCAUUAGCAAGGAAGUAUUUAAUAAGAGUUUCAUUAAUCAAAAGGAAAGGAAAGAGAUGGAAGAAGAUGCAUCUGAAUCUUUCAUGCAGAAACAUGAGCAGAAGAUUAGGCAUUUUGGCAUGUUAAGCAGAUGGUUCGACAGUCAGCAAUUUCUCUCUGAACAUCCCUAUCUUGUCUGUGAAGAAACUGCUAAAUAUCUUCUUUUAUGGUGUUUCCAUCUAGAAGCUGAAAAGAAAGGAGCUCUGAUGGAGCAAGUAGCCCACCAAGCAGUUGUGAUGCAGUUUAUUAUUGAAAUGGCCAAAAGUUGUAAUGUGGAUCCACGAGGCUGUUUUCGUCUGUUUUUCCAAAAAGCUAAAAUGGGGGAAGAAGGCUAUUUGGAGGCUUUUAAAAAUGAACUUGAAGCAUUCAAAUCAAGAGUGAGAGUUUGUUCACAGUCCCAAAAUUUCCAAGCAAUGUCUGUUCAGAAUCCUUCAGUUCAUACCAGCCUGAAUUCUAUAGGAGGGUUUGCAUCUUUUCCACAGAAUGCAGAGUCGCUUCAAGGCUGCAGUGGGAACUCAGUGGUACACAGGGAUGAGGAAGAACCCAAAAUGAUGGAUACCUUAUAGUACUCCUAAUACUGAGCCCAGCUGUUCUUAUUGCAAAGAGAAGAACAUGCUGACUUUAUUGAGACUUACUUUUAAGGGUGCUGCACUUUAGUUUGGGUGUCUGUUUUUGGGAGAGAGGGUAAUCCAGAAACACACUUGUCCUUCGUUUGGAAAAUAUGCUGCUAGGGUUUUUAU